AAUAAUUUUUUUUCAUAAUUAAAAUUACAAACCAAAAUAAAAUAUUCAAUAUAUAUAUAUAUAUAUAUAUAUAUAUGGAGAUGAUUUUUUCUAGUGAGGGAGAGAGAAAGCUGCCGGUUUCCGGCAAGCCGGUGAAACUAUUCUCCGACCUAUUCAAAACGGGUGAUGACGAGGGAGCCAUCUCUUCCACCAGCAAGGGUAAACCUCUGGUCACCUUUAACACAGAGGACAUAAGGAGGAUUGGUGACUCCUAUCCAUUCUCCAUUAAAGCCAGGUUUGCUAAGGACUUGCAGGUUACAGACAUCGGUAAAUCCUUGGAGAGGGGAGGGUUUUCUGGACUCCGUGUUAUCUCCAUUAGCAGGUUCACUGUAGUUAUCAUCCUCAAAACACAAACUGACUUCCUUAGGCUAUUAUCUAGAAGGACGUGGAGAGCAAAUGGUCACCAGAUGUAUCUCUCAAAAUGGGAUCCUCUUUUAGAGGAUAAACGUGACAGCCCUUUGGCUCUCGUCUCGGUCUCGCUCAAGCACAUCCCCUUCUUCCUUACUAACGCCCAAUCCCUAUUCUCUAUUGUGAAAACUCUGGGGAAACCAAUUCAAAUGGAUGAGACCACAGCGAGGGGUGGAUAUUUCAAUUCUGCAAGAGUUCUGGUGGAGAUGGACGCGUCCAAACCCAAACAACCUGCCAUUCUGGUACGUACUCCUGCAUGGGAUCGUGAAAUUCAACUCACUUAUGAUCUUCCUUCUUACUGCAUAACUUGUGGACGCUGGGGUCACUGCUGCAAAAAAUCCCAACCCGUCGGAAAAGUCCUCACCGGCGGGGCAACCUUGGUAAGGCAGCAAGCUGAUAAGGAGAUCAAGCCAAAUAACACACAUCAGUGGGUCCGUAUUCAGAGGAAAGGAAAGGCACCAGCUCAUAAUGUGAUGGCAGGCAUCCAGCACUCUCAGGCUAAUGGGCAAACGAACAAAGCCAAGAAAUGCUCAGACAUUCCGGGCCCUUCCAAGUUGGGGUACACAGAGCAAAACAGGCCCAAUUUACAUAUGCAUAAUGUUAGUGGAUCCCCAAAAAGCCCAAGUGUCUCACCCAAACUUGAAGCUGGGCCAACUACCAGCCCAUUGGUGCACAGUCUCUCCUCAACAGGCCUAUACAGCCCAUCUAAAAUAAAAACUACCAAGGCCUCAUUUUUCAAACAGGUAGGUGCUAAUAAUGAACACUCCUCUCCCUUGAACUACCUAGCACUUCUCUCCACCGUUGAGGACAUUGACACCCCAGGUACCCCUACAUGCAUUCACUCUGAUGAGGAAGGUGAGAGGGCUCAGGAUAAGAGUCCUCUUCUUGCCGUGGAGAACAAUUUUUCUCAGGCUAAUAUCAAUGCAAUCCCUUUCAUGAAGGGUAGAGCUGCAAUGCAUGGCCCAUUGUGGAUUUCUUCUGUCUAUGGCAGGCACACCAGGGCUGAAAGAACUGCAUUAUGGAAUGCCAUAUCAUAUAGGGCCCCUAGCAUACAUCCAUGGAACAUUGGAGGAGAUUUUAACUGCAUCCACAGCAUUGACCAACACAAAGGGAACUGCAAUCCUUGCAAUAACUCAGUGGAGAAUUUUAGAGAAUGCAUGGAAGCUGGCAAUCUCCUUUACAUCCAUCCUUCAGGAGGACAUUUUUCUUGGAGUGGGAAACGAAGCAAUGGGAAGCUUUGGCGCAGACUGGACCAUGUUUUUAGCAACCAACAGAUGCUGGAUAGGACUAGCAGUCUACAACUCUCUAUGCUUAGUAAGGGAGCAUCAGAUCACAGGCCUUUUCUCCUGAAUCUCUCUUUGGAUACUUACUCUGGUCCCAAACCCUUCCGGUUCUUGGACUUGUGGGUUUCACACCACACUUUAGAAGGCACCAUCAGAUCUUUUUGGGAGAACAAUAAAACCUACAAUGGAAUGAAAGGCCUUGGGAGAAAACUCAAGGAUCUCAAGGCCAUUUUGUCCAAAUGGAGCAAGGAGGAGUUUGGUAACAUCUUCCAUCAACUUAAGGAGGCAGAAUCUAGAGCAAGUAGGGCACAAGACCAUUUUGAGGCAAACCCAAACCCGGAAUCUUUAGUUCAAUUUAACAAGGCCAAUGCUGAAUUACUCUUUUUUUCCAAAAGAGAAACUGACUUUUGGAGGCAGAAGUCUUGCAUCAGAUGGUUAAAAGAGGGGGAUGCAAGCACAAAAUUCUUUCAUAAUGUGGUUAAAAAUAGGCGCCAGAAGCUUAGGAUCUCCUCCAUCAAGGAUGAUCUUGGCCUGAACAUCGAGGGGGACAGUAACAUUGCUUCACACGCAAUUGAUUACUACACCAAGAUCUACUCUGAAGAAUCAGUCAGUUCUGUUUCAACGGUCCGCAGGAACUCAACCAUACCCUUUUUCAUUGCCAAAGGUCUUUCAAAAUUUGGAGGCUUCGUUGCAUGGGGAUUAUGGAAGGCUUACAACGAAGAGAAGUACGAGGGGAAAGCUUUCAAAGAAGGGAAUAUCAUUGCAACAACCAUGAAGACUAUACAACAAUGGAUAUGGAUACACAAUGGCAAGAAAUGGAUGCACCUGGAUGAAACUUUGAAAUCGUUGGGCUUUCGGUUGUACUUUAGCAGGAAUAUUUCUCAAUGCUUUGUUGUUUAGUUUUUUUUGUUAUUUGGUGGGGCGAAUGCAUCUCCCACUUUGCUGUAAACAUUCCUUGCUUUAUUUCAAUUU